GAAGAGGACCCCGUAUUUGGAUGAGGCGGCGUUGAGGCAGAGGGAGCUCGAGAUGGAGGCGGAUGAGUGGAGGGUGGAGAGUGUGGAGAUUCCGGUUGAGGCGAAGGAGCAGUUGGAGAAGGUCAAGUCGCCGCCGGUGACAAAGCCGAAGCCACAGUCUCUGCCGCCAAUUCAGACACAAACUCAGACUGUGGGUGCCGCUCCAAGUGGUGCUACGCUCCAGAGAGUGCCUACGCAGGCUGAUCGAGAACGUGCGGCGUUGGUUGCGGGACAGCAGAGACGGAUGCAGGUUGCUGCUGCGAGGUUGAGUUCGCCGCCGCAGCCGUUGCAAUCUAUGCAGCCUUUGGUGCAUACGACUCAGCAGCCGGCCAAGCCCAUGCAGACUGUCCAUGCUCAAAGGCAGACUGUGACGGGACCUGUACGAACGGUACAUCCAGUGCAGAAUGCUCCCGCGCCCCGAGCGAAGCCAAAUGACUUCUCUGAGGAACGUGUAUAUCAGUCUCAGUACAGAAAUUCUACUGCGUCGCUACCUAUGCCUCAGUCGCGAGGCCUGGCAACAUCCCAGUCCAUGUCGGCGAUGUCAAACAUCGUGCGCGACCCUGAACCAUCCACCUCCGCACCCGCACCUACGGAAACCAAGAGGAUGUCUAUCAGGGAAAGGAUGAACAGCUACCUGACUACUGCCACCACGGGAGGUCCUGUUCGCCGGACUGCAGAGGGGUAUGGGCCUUCUGUGCCAGAACCAUCGCCGCCUACUGCUUCAUCGGGGGCUGGAGUGCAGCGUUCGCGGACGAUCUCGGGCAAGCCGCGGGAACAUGAGACGUCCCAAGAAUCAAGGUCCGUAUCGAGGAACCAUGUUGCCGCGCUGCUUCGUAUCGAAGAUGAGAUACCCUUGUCUCCUUCUGAGCCAUGGCAAGCAACGCUAUCGAAAUCUAAACCUCCUCCACCCUCAAAGCCUACGGGAUUGAAGGGCAAGUCAAGGACGUUCCCGAUGGAGGACGAUAUGGAGGCAGACUUCAAGAUGCGAUACCCUAGCGUUUCGGGGUUGUGAUGAGUUUUCACUCGUUAGACUGUUGGCGUUUUGGGGCAUCAUUUGGCGUACGCGUUGUUGAGCUCGUGGUACUCUAUAGGAUACGUGUACGAGUAGGUUCAUCUAAUGGAAACUGAAUCUACAUGAAUACACACAGACAAAAUUACGUGGGUGG